AUGAUGUUCCACAUCCUCUUUUUUAUGGCCACCCUUUGGACCCUGGCCUGUUCUCCAAUGAAAAUCCGAGAGACCUUGGAGAAAAUUCCACAAAAGGAGAAGGAUAUAUCCGAAAAUGUCCAUCAAAAACUGCUAAUGGAUAUUUAUUUGGAAAGAGAAUUCCUGUCUAUGCUGGUGGUUCGAGAGGAGAACCAAAAAUACUUGGAGCCCAUAAUCCAGGACCUUUAUAAAUUAUCCUGGCCCAUUACAUUGCUAACAAAAUCCCAAGGAGAUUUCCUCUAUCGAAUGCACCACAACCGAGAAGUAGUGGCUGUUCUUUUGUUGACCCAGAAAAUGCAGGAGGAGGUGAUGGAAAUUUUGUCGGAUGCCUUAAAUUUUCUACGUGAGACAAGAAUUGUGGUGGUGGCUGUGGAUGUGUGGGACCAGCCAGAGUUUAGGGGAGAACUAUUAACAUCCUGCAAAGUCCACAACAUGACCAAUGUGUUGCUGAGUUUUGGCUACUCUGCCAAGAACCCAGGCAACUCGGAGAGUAUUUUAUUUUAUGCCCUAAAACCAUAUCCGGAAUAUUAUUGGACCUCCCUUAGCCCAGGGGAUGUUGAGCAGGAAAACCUAAAAUAUUUUCCCCAACAUUGGCUUAACUUCUACAACAAGACCCUACUAACCUACAGCGAUAGGGCUUCCCUGAGAUCUCUGUAUUAUUUAGACGAGGAGGGGCAGCUAAAAAUAAAUGGCUUUGUACCCCGCUUCGUAAUGCUUUUCGCAGAGCAUUUCAAUGCCACCCUGAAAAUUGCCUUCCCCCUCGACAUGCAGAAUCCCAAACACUAUGCCACCAUAAUGAAGGAAAUGGUGGAAACCAAUCUCUUGGAUAUACCCAUGACAUUGGACACCAAUCCGCACUAUGACAGAUGGUUCAACAUGACCGAUGCCUAUCAUCAUGAUCGGGGCCUACUCAUUGUGCCCUGUGCCCAGGCCCUUAGCAUACGCGAAGUCUAUGUAAUAAUCUUGAAUUGGACCUUUCUGGGUUCCGUCAUUCUCUGCACGGUGAUUUUUUCGCUACUUCAAUCCCUCAUCGAUUACCUCUUUGAUGGCCUCUUGGAUCUCUCCAGAUUGCUGCUGAGUGAGAGGAUAUUUCCUGCCGUGUUGGGGCAAGAUUUUACCCCACCACCCAAGGAGCCAAGAAAAAUUUUAAAAUUUGUCUAUCUUCUGCUCUUCAUUGCCGGUCUCUUUCUCAACACCCUGUUCUCGGUGAAUGUCAGUACCCUGCUGACCAGUCCACCCAAACAUCGGCAAAUUGAAAAUCCCCAGGAUAUAUUGGAAUCAUCAUUACCGAUUCUACUUCACGAUGCCGAGGCCUAUGCCAUGCGUUACAGAAUCGAAGACUAUGUCCGGGCUGUUAUCACCACGAACAACUACAGCUACCUGGAAGGUCUGCGCGACAACUUCAACACUUCCUAUAGCUAUUACAGCUCCUCGACCAGCUGGUACAAGGAUUUGAUGCGGCAACAAUAUUUGGCUCGGAAAAUUUUCUGUACCUAUGACGAUUUAAUACUCUUUCCUUAUAUGCCUUGGGGCAUCCCUCUGCAGCAGAACUCCCCCUACAGGGAGGGUCUCAAUUAUCUACUACAUUGGGUUCAUGCCUUUGGCUUUGUGGAAUACUGGUCGGAUAGCACUUUUUGGCAUCUCUUGAAAUUGAAACAGGUUUCGAUACGUGAUCCAUAUUUGCAGCCAGGACCUUUGGCAUUGACGGCAAAUGAUUUAUUCUGGACAUGGAUGAUAUUGAUUGGGGGAUUGGUGGCCAGCGGAAUAAUAUUUCUGAUGGAAAUUUGGUGUGACCGCAGAUAUGGAGGCCAGAGGGGGAUUUAA